UUUUUUCCCGGGACUAGUUAGAGAAAGGGAGUGAGGAAUGGGAAAAAAAUGAGCAAGAAAGUGAAAGAACCAUGUGAGAACCAUGGCUGCUUCCUCUUCAUGUAUGAUGAGAUCCCUAAGGUUCUAAUGGAAGAUAUGUUAAUUAUGUGCUUACAAACCUUGUUUGACUUACCUGAAGAAACUAAGAGGAAGUACAUAAGCCCAACGCUUUUCAGUAGCUACACUAAUGAGAACCCUAAAUUACAUCACCUCUCUCAAAGCUUUGGGAUCGAUGAUGCUCCCCUUGGGGAUUCUGCUCAGGCCUUCACUAACCUCAUGUGGCCUCAGGGAAAUCAAGCUUUCUGUGAGACAUUGAAGUUCAUGAGCUCCAAGAUGCUUGAACUGAAUAUCCUGAUCCAGAAGAUGAUUGUAGAGUCUUAUGGCCUUCCAAAGCAAUACACUUCAGAUAUUAAAGACAUGAGCAACAGUAAUUUUCGGUUAAUGAAAUACAAAGUUCCAAGGAACCACAAAGAUGGUGAACGUGGCAUGGGGCCCCACAACGACAAAAAUAAGUUAACCAUUUUAUGCCAAAACGAUGCUCAGGGUCUUCAGGUGCUAACCAAGACCAACAAAUGGAUUCCAUUGAACAUACCCAAGGAUGGCUUCGCAGUUUUUGUUGGGGACACACUCAAGGCAUGGAGCAAUGGGAGACUUCAUGCGGCUACACAUAGAGUUAUGAUGAGUAGAGAUAAAGAGAGGUACUCAUUUGAUCUAUUUUCAUUGCCAAAGAAUGAUAUGAAGAUUGAAGUGCCACCAGAGCUGGUGGACGACAAAAUACAUCCUCUACGUUAUGGACCAUUCACUUAUGGGGAUUACAUUCAAUACUUUCUUUCAACUGAUCUAAAUUAA